CGCAACUAAACCCACAAGUCUAGAGAGAGAGAGAGAGAAGAGUUCUAAUAGAGAGAGAAAAAAUGGCGAGAUUGACGGUGCUGAUUGCUGCGGUGGUACUUGCUUUUCUGGUGGCAAUGCCGGUGCCGGAAGUAACGGCCAAGAAGUAUACAGUCGGAGACAACAAGUUCUGGAAUCCAAAUAUUAACUAUACCAUAUGGGCUCAGGGAAAGCAUUUCUACCUCGGUGACUGGCUCUAUUUCGUGUUCGACCGAAACCAACACAACAUUCUCGAAGUAAACAAGACCGACUACGAAAACUGCAACUCCGACCAUCCUCUCGUAAACUGGACACGUGGAGCUGGGAGAGACGUUGUCCCUCUCAACGUGACCAAACACUACUAUCUUCUCGACGGAAAGGGUGGCUGUUAUGGAGGCAUGAAGCUCGCUGUUAAAGUCGAGAAGCUUCCUCCUCCGCCAAAAGCCGCACCUGUCAAGAACAUUGGAUCAGUUUCAGUGGUCACAGGUCUCGCUCAGUUCAUGAUUCCGUUUGCCCUCUUAAGGAUGUGGUAAGUGACCAAACUCACAGUUCUUUGGAUCCAAUCCGAUAUAAGAAAAAACCUAAAAAUUCUUUUCAGGGAAAGCAUUUUAAUUAGAAAGUCCAAUCAGUUAAGUUUAUUUUUGUAAUGUUUGGUUUGUAACCUUUUUAUUUGGUUUUGUUUGUGUCUUUGAAUCAAUUGUCUAAAAAAGGGCUGUACUUGAUUUAUUUGCUGAAACUAAUUGUUGAACAAAGAGAGUGUAUUAUCUGGAUCA